AUGGACCGUAACUUAACCAGCUCGCCCCUAUCGGAUUAUAAUGAUCUCGCAGAUAAGAGAGAAACUCGGUCAAUGUCAAUGUCCAAGGGAACAAGGACAAAGGAGAAAUCCAAUAUUAGAAUACAAUCAAAAUUAAAGCCGCAAACCAACACUGUCAACUCGGAGUUGCUGCCUGCCGCAAACUUAUCCAGUCCUUCUAAGAAGUCAGAAUUGAAAACCCCUCCACAUUCAACUCUGAGGACAUCCUCUCGUUCCUGUGAUGACACCUCCAACAGCCUCCACUCAUUACAGAGAGAUGGUAAAUCUAACGGUUUGUUAUCCCCGGAGUUUUCGUCUCCUAGUCUAUACGAACGUCCACUUGAAGUACAACAACAACAUCACCACCAUCACCAUCGCCAUCAAUAUCAAUAUCAGAACCAGCCCCAACUCCAACAACCACAAGCACCAAACAGCAUCUUCAAACCGGCAAACAUAAACAUCAACAUCAUUCAUGAUAGUCCCAAUACGGACACCUUCGAAGACCCUCUCCGCUCUCCUAACUUCAAUCGGAAGAGAAGACGCCAAUCCAUCACUGAGAACCAUCACACCCAACAACAAUUGAAAAAAAAAUCAUCAAACAAACUUGUAUGCACGGAACAACAUGAGUCCGAUUUUGUGCUCCCGAACCCAGAAGAUAUGCCAGAAAUAACAUUCACUGGUAACACCAAACCACCCUACUCAUAUGCUUCUCUAAUUGGAAUGGCCCUCUUGAGAGCCCCUGAUCGGAGGUUGACAUUGGCUGAAAUUUAUCAAUGGAUAUCUGAUCAUUUCAAGUUCUAUAAAAAGGGUGAGGUUGGUUGGCAAAACUCAAUUAGACACAAUUUGUCUUUAAAUAAAGCUUUCCAAAAAACUGAAAAAUUGAAAGAAAAGAAAGGCCAUUUCUGGCAAAUUGUCCCUGGAUUCGAACACAUAUUCUGUAACAUUAAAGAAACUAAAAGGAAUGGAGGAGGAGCGUCGUCGUCAUCAUCAUCAUCAUCAUCCUUGUCAUCGUCUUCUGCAUCUUUAUCCACCUCUCAAAAUCUUAAAAACUCAAAGCGAAAUAAUCCUCAAACACCAAAAUCUCAAUCCUUUACAACAGAUACUGACAGAGAUGAUGAUAAAGAUAACGAAAUCGAUUUGUUUCACAGCGAUAUGGUUUCAACUCCUUUAUCAAAGAGCACAAUGUCCCAUGAAUCAUAUGCAUUAAACGCCCGAUAUAUCCACAAUCGCAACGCUAGUGAUGGCUUAAGUUCCAUACCGGAAGUGAACAUCUCUGCAACCCCAACCCAUUUAUUCUCUGAUAUCUCACCAGGCCCAAUUAGUAUUGCAAACACCUCAGUCGAAUUUGCAACUUCCUUUAGCUCAAGGGCUAAUUUCGAAUUUUCUCCCAUUAAGCCAAUUGAAAAUGGGCCAAUUGGUCCAAUCCUUGAGCCAGUCACUCCAAAGUUGAAUCAGAACUGUCCAUUGCCCUCUAUCGCUUCCCAACUAAAAUCCCUACAGCAUAUACCUCCUUCAAACUCUAAAAAUGCAAAUACAAGCAGAAUAAGGAGCACACCAUUUCACCAAUUAAAUACGCCCGACAAUAGUUUCUCCAACUCAAGCAGGAAGUAUUGGGCGUCUCCCUCGUAUUUGGAUGAUUUCUAUACCUCACCGGUAAAUAAGCCUCUACUAUCGAAUACUUCACAUAUGCAGAAUAUACCAUCGAUAACAACAAAUGUUUUUGGCUCCCCUAUUGUGGGAAAGAGCUUGAGUUUCUCAACUAAUGAAAUAUUUGGAAUUGAUAUAUGCCAUAUCAGUAACGAUGAUGAAUAG